AUGGCUAGCCUUAAGCAUGUAAGAUUUUUGUUUCUGGUCGUGCUUUGCACAUUUCCAAAAAGUUCCGAGCCAGCGAUUUUUCCAGUUCCACAAGGAAUCAAAGCUGCUUAUUGGCCAUCCUUUGAAUCCUUUCCAGUUUCCUCCAUUAACACCUCAUUUUUCACUCAUAUUUACUACGCCUUUCUCUUGCCCGAACCCUCCACUUUCAAGCUCGACAUCACCGCGCUUGACCAACAAAAGUUACCCGAAUUCAGGUCCGGGUUAAACGCCAAAUACCCACCCGUCAAAGCCAUUCUGUCCAUCGGAGGAGGCGGGAACAACCCGGAUGUAUUCGCUCGAAUGGCGAGAACCGAACAAACACGUGGAGUCUUCAUUAAUUCAACCAUCGAAGUGGCCCGAAGUUACCGAUUCGAUGGCGUUGACUUGGACUGGGAGUUCCCUGCAACAGGCGACGACAUGGCGAACCUCGCUUUGUUGUUCAAGGAAUGGAGAGAAGCGCUCGAGAACGAAGCCGAAACUAGCGGGAAACCACGCUUGCUUUUAACUUCUGCGGUGUAUUACUCUUCCGAGUUCACUAACUACGGUUCGCCUCGAUCGUAUCCGGCUCAUGCCAUGGCCGAAUACUUAGACUGGGCGAGCCCGAUGUGUUUCGAUUACCAUGGAAAGUGGGAUGACUUCACGGGGAUGCACUCGGCUCUUUUUGAUCUCAAUAGCAGUGAUAGCAGCAGCCAUGGAAUGGGGUCUUGGAUUCGGGCUGGGGUGCCGCCUGAGAAACUGGUCAUGGGACUGGCAUCUUAUGGACAUACGUGGAAGCUCAAGGAUGCGAAUGUUAACGUUGGUGCGCCGGCAGCCGGUGUAGGACCUGGAGAUGAAGAUGGGUUCUUUAAUUACUAUGCCAUUGUGGAUUUUAACCAAGCGAACAAUGCGACGGUCAAGUAUGAUCGGACAACCGUGUCGUAUUACUCGUACGCCGGAGGCUCGUGGAUUGGGUACGAUGAUGUCAAGUCCAUUAAGUGGAAGGUCUGGUUUGCAAGGGUUAAAGGCUUGGCUGGCUAUUUCUUUUGGGCUGUCAGUUAUGACAAGGAUUGGGCUCUAUCAAGACAAGCAAUGGAGGCAUGGGAGCAGCAGGAUUGGACUUGAGGAGGAUUACAGAUUUGUAAAAUCUUCUAUCAUUCAUUAGGCACUGCACAUGCGAACAUAAAGAUGAAGAUCGCGACAAUUCUCUCCCAAGUUUUCAAAUAAAACAUAUUUUAUUACGAUCUUCAUCUUCGAUUCACAUGUGCACUGCCU